AUUUUAGAUCCCAAAACGGCUGUCCAAAAUAAAUGGAUAUGGCCGUUCUGGCGAUUGUAAUUUACAUAGGCUUUCUAGGGCAGACCAGGGCUUUUGGCACCGCAAGGUUGCUACGCAGUAACCAACAAGCAGAGUUCCUGACUUCACGCCUCACACCGGACACUGGGGGACUUUGUAAUACGUGUUUGUAACAGUCGAUAACAGUGAGAAUAAACCGUUUGUAGCAGUGUAAUAACUGUUUAUAACCAUGUACAGCACAUCUACCAAUGCACGGAUGCGUGUCAAGAGCCUAAAUUUUGUUUCAGAAUCCUCUGACCCCUGGCGGGGAGCAUGGGGACAGUACUAUCUAGUUGAAUGGAAAUUAAACUAUUAUUCCAGAUAUUAUUUAAUGAAGAAUAUUUACAUUUCAAUCAAUAAUUGCUUUUUAACUCAUUUAUAUUUAACAUUAUUGUUUAAAACACAUUUCGAUGUCCCGUUAUUAAAACAUUUACUGAUUGUAUCUUUUAUUUCAUUUACCCACCUUGGCAGACCACUAGAACUAAAAAAUAAGCUUCAAUCCCUCCUAUGAAAAGGGGAGGCUAAGAUCAGAGAAACUGAACGCAUCUUGCAACAGGCAAAAUACACUAUAAUGUCUGAUAUUGUGGUCAAGUAAGAGGAUAACUUUUAUUUUGAAGCUAUUUCCAUUGUUAGAGCAGUCACUCGACUAUCUCGUCAAACAAUCUUUGCCCUCUUGAAAAAGCUGAAAGACUUCCUGUUAGCAACCAGCUCGAGUACGUUUGUGCCUGGUUACAAAAACGGAUACGAAUGGUCUUGUUUAAAAAAAUAUAAAAAAAUGAAUGGUCUUGUUUUGGAGACUGUGAACGUUGUUAUGGUGUUUAAAACGAGUAUUUAUAGAAAUAAACAAGGGGACAAGCCAGCUGGCCACUUUGUGCAUACGAACUCUCUUGUUAGCGUGUAGCUAGCUAUGCUUCAAGCUAUUCACCUAACGUUUUAUAACAGUAUUUAGCUAAAUAGCUAACUUUACAGUACGUAGCAAGCUAACGUAAUGCUAGUUUUGAUUCUGUAUUUUUGCUAAUCCUCUUAACUAGCUAACAUUAUCUAAAAUUAUUUACCCCGCUUUAACGUUAGCUGACCAGUUGAUUUUAAGAUGAGCAAGCAAUUUACAUUUAUUGUUGAGCACCUGAAUAAAGACCCCUUCAAGAAAAACGUUAACCUCGUCACCUUCGACUCACUGGAGCCAAUGCAACUGCUGGAGAUUCUCAAUUAUGUUCUGGCUGAAAUUGACACUAAGUAAGCUAUUGAUAUCUGUGAAGAAAUGCCUGACCAAACAGCAAAGAUAAUGUUCACUUUGCUAGGGAUGUUGAAAUACAAACCACCUGGGAAUAUGUCUGAUCUACAGGAGCAGUUUCAGACAGGGCCUGGUGACCUGUGAUUCACCCUAUCCUUCACUGGUUGCUGCAGAGGAUCACAGAACUGAAUAAGAGAGCUUACCUGGCUCGCUUCCUGGUUAAGCUGGAGGUGCCUGCAGAGUUCCUGCAGGGUGGUGUCAUCACUGACACCUGUCACCAGUAUGAAGAACUAAUGGAACGAUUCAAGACCUACCAUAAGGAGUGUGAGCAACUGAAGAGCUCUGGCUUUUCCACUGCAGAGAUCAGUGGAAAAGUGUGACACCUUUUCAACCUUAGGACAUUGGUGCUAUGGAAGAGGAGAAGGACCAGCUGAUCAAGUGGAGUCAGGUUUCAACCACCAGCGGAUGCUGGAACUGGCCAGACAACUACUUGUGGAACAGGAGAGAGAAGAGUCUCUGGCUCAGCAGAACAACCAACUAAUGAUAUGGCAUGUCCAACUUUCCAAUUUACAGGCUUUGUAAACCCAUAUUUUCAACUUUGCUGCAUACAGAGUACACAAACUCAGCAAAAAAAAAGUCCUCUCACGGUCAAAUGUGUUUAUUUUCAGCAAACUUAACGUGUAAAUAUUUGUAUGAACAUAACAAGAUUCAACAACUGAGACAUAAACUGAACAAGUUCCACAAACAUGUGACUAACAGAAAUGGAAUAAUGUGUCCCUGAAAGGGGGGGGGGUCAAAAUCAAAAGUAACAGUCAGGAUCUGGUGUGGCCACCAGCUGCAUUAAGUACUGCAGUGCAUCUCCUCCUCAUGGACUGCACCAGAUUUGACAGUUCUUGCUGUGAGAUGUUGCCCCACUCUUCCACCAAGGCACUUGCAAGUUCCCAGACAUUUCUGGGUGGAAUGGCCCUCGCCCUCACCCUCCGAUCCAACAGGUCCCAGACGUGCUCAAUGGGAUUGAGAUUCGGGCUCGUCGCUGGCCAUGGCAGAACACUGACAUUCCUGUCUUACAGGAUUUUGGAUUUUUACAAAUUAUCUUUGAAAGACAGGGUCCUGAAAAAGGAACGUUGACAUAUUAUCAAAGAUUGUUGUCAAUUACAUAUUCCAAAUUCACCUACAAGUAGAUAUAUAAGCAUGAUGUUGGUUUCUUUUAAAAUGCUGAUAAGUGUGUUGUCAUUUGGAUAUGUCCAGCUUUUCCAGGCAGAGCAGAGACUGCAGAGAUCUCAGCAGCAGCUGAAGAACCUGCGGCAGGCAACAGCAGUAGAUUCCAAGCCAGAGAGUGAGUAGAGGCUUGAAGAGGAGAUCAAGUUCAACUCCUAAAUGGUGUCUGACAAACUGCCCAAGGAGCUGGAGAGUAAGAGGCGGAUGGUGCAGUACCUGCAGAAGGUGGUGUCCAAGCCAGACAUGGGGCAAGCUGAGUUUAGGGAACUAGAGGACAAGAAUCGAGAGAACACCAUUGAAAUAAAUCUGCUGAUUGAGAAAAGAAUGAUGAGAAAUGACCCCAUGGAUGAUAAACUGUCUCUUCAGGCAGCAGGUGAGAACAGCCAAGCACGAGACCUGGAGGGAGACAGGGUAGCUAACCAACUCUCACAGCUCAGUACUCUGGUCUGAACAUCAUCAUCAUCCACACCAAUAGUAAUCCCCUUCCUAACCAUUGGAACAGGGUCGGAGCCUUUUUCGAUGGGGAGUGAUGUAUCGUCAUUGUCCAGCAAAAAGACUGCUACCCUUAUACAAUCCACAGGAGGUUGGUGGCACCUUAAUUGGGGAGGACAGGCUCAUGUAAUGGCUGGAGUGGAAUGAGUGGAAUUGUAUCAAACAUGGUUUCUAUGUGUUUGAUUCCAUUCGCUCCGUUUCAGCCAUUAUGAGCUGUCCUCUCACCAGCCUCCACUGAUACCAUCUGCUCUGUAUUCGCAUGUUACGUUGUACAUCUGCUCACCACUCAAAACUGAACAUCACUAUCCAAACUCUCUGAGGAUAAAGCAAAAUGCAUCAGAGAUGAUAUGUUUUCCAUCUUUAGGGGUAGAUUGAUUAAACAUUCUACUGUUUGCUUACGUCAAACUUUGUUGAUAAGAGUGAAGCGCGGCAGCGUUGUGUGCCGCACUGAACGUGAGAUGCUAUUUCUGCUCUUAUGUAAACAGAGAGGGGCUUACUGGCUAAAGCUACUUAUCCCUUUCCCCUCACUCUCCCACAUUCCCAUGCAAGGUUAAAAAUAGACCACAUCAUGGACUACCUAGAACCAGGACAGUAUUGAACAAACUGUCUGAAAUGUUAACUGUUUUCAAAUCUCUUCUAAAUUAAUUCCGCAAAACACAAACCAUUGCAGUGUGAAUCCUUCAACUAAAUGUAACUCAAUGGCUGAUAUUUUAUCCCAAUCGAAACAAACUGACACGAGCUUUGACGCUAUGUUUGGUUAGAUCCCUCUGAACCACUGGCAGAGAGUGGACUCUCAAAUUUGAGUGGCUUUUUAGCCUCUGCAACACAGUGCCAGGAGCCAUCACUCCUGUGUCAACACACCCUGUGCCUGGCUGUAUAAGUUCAAGGAUGAUAAGGAAAAACGACCACUCUUCACAUCUCAAACUAUGCCUGUUCCUGUUUUCAGAGCAACCUUUGGCCAUAAGUAGGUCUAUAUAGUUGGUGGUCGCUGUUGGAUAAAAGGCACGUACUGCACCCAUAUGUUCAUGUCUGACUGUUUUGUGAGCAGGAGUUCCACACGCAGUGAGAUCAUGGUGCUGAGACAGGCUGGCGAGGCACAUAAGCUGCCUGUCUGAAAUAGCAGCCACUUCCUCCCUGCUCUCCCCAAUGCCCUGUUCAUGUGGGUGGUUUCAUCUGCUCCCCUGGAUAAUAAGUGAGUGUGUUUUGAUGGGAAAGGGAACUCUAAACCUACUUCUUCUCAGUGUGGUAAAACAGUAGGUGAGAACAAGAAGGGUUUCUGUGGUAAAUGGAAAGGACUUAUCAGUCUCUCCUGGAGUCAUGGGUCAUGGUGGAAAUGAUCACCUUAUCAGAGGUAUUUUCCAUUCUGAGCGUGCGUGUAAUCACAUGUCACCCAGCAGCUGCAGGAGGGCGUCUGUAUUAUGCCCCUGUGUGCCCAUCCUUAGUUAGCUUGGUUUUGGUCCACCAUGUGUCUAGUGUUCCAUCAUCCAUUGCUUGGCUCUCUGUUCACUUACACCCCAAAUUCCCCCAACAUAAAUAACAGAUGUGUUUGCUCAAUCUGGAAAGGUUAUUCACCCUGCCGAAAUAGAUUUCACAUACACUGUAGGCUACUGCUAUUUAUAAAUAUGCACAGUGCGUACCAUGUUUAAUUAUCUACUAUCCCAUUGUGCUACAUUUUCAAAAACGAUCCUCUGUCAUGAUAAAUAGUUCAAGCCCUUCAAAGUACUGGCUAAUUUAGUAGCAGUUGUUCUGGGGACCCAUUGUAUGUGACGAGAGAAUGCUAUGCAGCAUUCUUCUGCCUGCUAAUUCCCUCUCAACCUUGUCUGCCCUUGAUGUCCUGAAAUAAAACAAACCAUAUAUUCGAAGUGACGUAACAUUCUGUGAUUUCUGGGGUUCUCCAGAAUGAACAACAGCUAUAAAUGUUGACAUGCACAGGAUUAUCAUCGUACCCCUACAGAGAAGGGGGGCCAAUGUUUGUCAUUUGUCAUGUCUGUCUUGGUAGGAAUUGGAGAGGAUGACCUUGCUUCAAGAUGUGGUUGUUUGUGUGUAUCUGGGAAGAAAGAGAACAUGUCAGUCUCAUUUUCAGACACAAAAAAAUGCAAUGUUAUUGUCAUUACUUUUUGUAAUUCCCUUUCUCUUAGCAUAUUUUUUUCAUGACCGUCUCCCUCGGUUCUUCUCAGUUCAAUCGUUUUGUUGGGAAACUGCGCAGCAAGGGGACGGUGUUCAAGAAGAAGAGGCAGGAGAUUACCGAGCUGAGCACGGGAUCCUGCAGCAGACAGAGGAGAUCCUAAAAGAGAGGCGUGAGGUCAGCCAACAGCAACUGGUAAUGCACCUCACCAAUCCCCUUUCACAGCUAUCAGCUAUGGGCAGCUAUCCACCCUACCUGCUUUCCUCCAUACCGCGUCAGCCCUCUUAUAGUGCUGCACGUGCCUUUCCAUCCUGCCCAUGUUGAUGUAAUUUGCAUUAAAAGUGAAGUGACAUAACCUUCCUGGAAAUUAUUUCACACCUCAAAACCCUCCCACCUCCUGACUUGCUAAAAGCCUGGCUGACACAGGGAGGGCUGGGCUGCUGCUAUUUGCGAAGGCUGCAUCUGUUUCUCUCUAUGACGCUGGUAUUUUUUUUAUCAGUGGCUGCAUCCCCCCAUCACCACGGCUGGUUGUCUGUUGGUGCCUGAGCCCCCUCCUCUCGCUACCUGCAUUCCUGUUCCCAACUGUUACCCCUCCCACAUAAAAUUAACCAUUUGCUGCAACAAUGUUGGUUAUAGCCUACCGUAUAACCCAGAACAUGCUAGAAGCCCAGCCUGCCACUGUGAUCUAUUCAUAUUAGAACCAAAUAUUAGAAUGAAUGUAGUUUAAUUAGGUCAUUCACAUUCAGUCUUUAUCAGUGUUUGAACAGAUUUGCAAUGGAGGGCUGGGGGAUACGUGUGAAGGAAAUUGUGUUUAUUUUCAUAGGUCACAGAUUUCUCACUCAUCAUAUACAAUAGACUGCACACACACACACACACACACACACUGCUACCUCAACUGCAUGUAACCUUCUCUUCUUGGAGAACAAAGUGGCCUGUACUCCCAGGUGUGGAACUGAGCCCUGACUGUUUGUGUGGACACAACGCUUCACAGUGCAUAGAGCUGCGACUCCGGUGCCAGAGCAAUCCAUGGAGGCACAGAAGCGGAUCUCUGGGUACAGUGACACUCAGGAGGAACUGGAGAGGGUGUCGGCCGUCAAGGGUGAACUGGACGAGAUGAAGGCACGCUCGCUGGACGACGUGUCUGAAAUGGUCAAAGAACUAAACUCGACGAUAGGGGAGAAGAAGUCUGCCCUUGCACCCGCCAUGAAGGAACCGAGGCCUUUGAGACAGCAACGUCAGGAGCUAACUCAAAAGUAUGAGGAAAAGAAGGCCAAGUAUGACAGCUGUGCUGCAGGUCUGGAGAGUAACCGAUCCACUGGACCAGGAGGUGAGAGCUCUGAGGGAGGCGACAACUCGGGAGGAAAACUGAUACCACUACAUCAACUGCAUAUCAUUGAGUUGCAAAUGCAGCAAGCAGCAGAUGAGAUGAAGGCCCCUGAUCCGCAAGAGAGGAGGAAAACCAUCAGGGAGCAGUACAUGAAGAACGUUGCAGAGCAGGAGUCCCUGGGCAAGACAUUCAAAUCAGCAUUGAAAAAUGGUGCAAAUUUAAGUUUGUUCCACCUGAGCGAGUCUGACCAGAAGUCAGAGACCACUAUGAUGACACACCAAAUGUGUUUGAUGGAUCGCGGGAAAAGAGCAGGAGUAGGCUACAGUCCAAGCUAUGUCUUCCAAUGGUGCGACUGCUGUCAGCAUCCAAAGAUUAUCCAACUUGAAUAAACGCUUGGAGGUAAGGAUGACAGCGGUGGUGUAAUCUACGGUGAUAUGGAUAUCACUUAUCAUUGAUAUCUACAUAGUGCAUUGAUGUGAAUCACACUGCUGCUCUCUCAUUUAGCUCUUUGAGCCUUACGGAUUGUGAUUGUUGUGGAUGGCUGUUCACAAAUCUAAAUGUGUAUUUGAACCCAAUAAUGGUUGAAUUCAAGAAGAUUAAGCUGCCUAUCAUUGUUUUUGAAAUCAGUGAACAGCCAGUGAAAAAUGAGGAUCUCAGCCUAUGGAAUAAAAGUGGGGCUUUUAUUGCUCAAUGUAAUUCAUGCUGGUAAAAAUGUUUUAUCCAUAGGCCUAAUGGACAUAUGUUCAAACUCGCACACUUUUGAUAGACUUAAAGGGGCAAUCAGUAGUUGCUACAUCCAUUUUUGGACUUAAAUACAUUCUUGAAGAAUAUAACUUAUAAAUGCCUCAUGAGCUUAGUUCAACUGUCACACUCCAUGAGAACCCAAAAUACAAGCUUGUUUUCUCCAAUGUUUGUAAACAUUGUAAAUGUAAACAAACACUGUAUAGCCUCAUAACAUGAAUAAAACAAUAAUUGUUAUAUCA